AUGGCGGCGGCACGGCCGCGCGGCAGGACGAAACGACAGUGCGCCGCACUUGCACCUGGCGCCUGCAGCGUCCAGCCUCGCCCAGCUGCCCGCACCAGGAGCGAGGGCAGGAGCUUCAGAGCGAAAUUGAAAACCUCCACGGCCGUCAAGCCCAGGAACAGCAUGAGCGGCCAGAACAUCAGCUCCAGGGUUCUCGAAGCUCGGCUCCACGCCAGUUGGCAAUUGCUCCUGCGGCUCCAGUUGCCGAUCCGCGAGCGCGCGAGGAGGUACCAGGCGCGCGGACUUCUGGAGGCUCCUCAGCUCCUGGCAGCGGGCCUCGGGGCCUGGCUCCUGCGCCGAAUGCUCGGCGACGCUGCGGAGAAGGAUGUCGGCGUCGGUCAGAGGAGCCUCCAGUACUCCAUCUCGGGCUUGCACCUGUGCCCGAAGGACUGGUUCGAUGCUCCUCCACCGUUGGCGAAGCUCGUCUCCUCGCGGGUCACCAGACCCCCCGCCGAAUAG